AUCCCUUUCAGGUCUGCCACUGUAAAAAAGCAACGGCCACAAGAGAAGAAGCGAUUCAUUAAUCAUAACACAUUUGAUUUCUCAUCCCAAACCCUAAUCCCCAAUUUUGAUUCCAAUUCCUUCAAGAUCUGAGGGAGCAUAGCAGAGUCCUAAAAUUCCGUUUCGGAGAGAUCCAAGUCUCUCGUGAUCUUCAUCAUGGCGCAUCGAAGAGCCAAGUUGUUGUUCCUUCUUUGCGCUCUCUGCUAUUCUCUCAACGCCAUUGCUGGAAAGAGCUAUUAUGAUAUACUUCAAGUAUCGAAGGGUGCAUCGGACGAGCAGAUAAAGAGGGCGUAUAGGAAGCUGGCACUGAAGUACCAUCCUGAUAAGAACCAGGGCAAUGAAGAAGCUAAUAAGAAAUUUGCUGAGAUUAGCAAUGCAUAUGAAGUUUUGUCGGAUAGCGAAAAGAGGAGUAUUUAUGACAGGUAUGGUGAAGAGGGUUUGAAGCAGCACGCUGCUAGUGGAGGCCGAGGUGGUGGAAUGGGAAUGAACAUCCAAGAUAUUUUUGGCUCUUUCUUUGGUACGGGAUCCAUGGAGGAAGAAGAGAAAAUUGUAAAAGGAGAUGACGUUGUUGUUGAAUUGGAUGCAACGCUUGAAGAUUUAUACAUGGGAGGUUCCUUGAAGGUUUGGAGGGAGAAAAAUGUAGUAAAGCCAGCUCCUGGGAAGAGACGCUGUAACUGUAGAAAUGAGGUUUACCACAAGCAAAUUGGGCCUGGGAUGUUUCAACAGAUGACAGAGCAGGUCUGUGAGCAGUGUCCUAAUGUCAAAUAUGAAAGGGAGGGGUAUUUCAUCACUGUUGAUAUUGAGAAAGGCAUGCAAGAUGGGCAGGAGGUGCUAUUUUAUGAGGAUGGCGAACCAAUAAUUGAUGGAGAGUCUGGAGAUUUAAGGUUCCGUAUCCGUACUGCACCGCAUGACUUUUUCAGACGAGAAGGCAAUGACUUGCACACUACUGUCACUAUAACUCUGGUUCAAGCCCUUGUUGGUUUUGAGAAGACCAUUAAACACCUAGACGAGCAUCUGGUAGACGUAGGCACAAAGGCAAUCACAAAGCCAAAGCAGGUAAGAAAGUUCAAAGGGGAGGGCAUGCCGUUGCAUAUGAGCACCAAGAAAGGAGACCUUUACGUCACUUUUGAGGUUCUAUUCCCCACGUCACUAACGGAGGAGCAGAAAACAAAUAUAAAAGCAAUUCUUGGUUAGAAUAUACACAAGGAACGUGUUAUUACGCUCAUUACGUUAUGUCCUCUUGUGUCCUCAAUGUAACAUGAUAGGAUGUUAGAGUAAAUGCAUGCCUUGGGCCUCUCGCCCCCCUUUUUUUGUUAGUUGACAAAUAGAUACCUCCCCCCUCCCAUUCAUAAUGAUGCGGAUCCUGUAAGCCUUGCCGUCCUGGUGAAUUCAAGUGCCUUCUUUGCGGUGCUAUUUUGAUGCCAUGAGAAAAAAAAUGCUUAAGUUAGCUUUGUUCUGUGUCUUCAUCUCGUGAAUUGUAGAGUUAGACUUGAUUGCAUAUCUCAUUUCUUUGUGGUUUCUGCCUUAACCGGUGGUUGACACUAACAUAAAAUGAGUAAAUGUUUGGAGAUGCGAGUGAGUUACAGUCUCUUCGAUGAUGUUGUCAAACACAAGGUCGUCUUACUGAAGUUGGUAUAUGUGUCGUUGUUGAAACGUAGAAAACAAUGUUGAUGGACCCCAUUAGUGUGAUUCAUAAUAUUUUUUUAUUGUUGCAAG